AUGGUCGUACAAGAUUUAGGAUGUGACGCACGGUUCGUCUUUCAAACGGUUCCGGUCGCGGCCGGCUGUGCAUUUGGCGCCAUUGUUUUACUAACGGUAGUGGUUUAUGGUUAUUACCGUUGCAAACGCAGAUUAAUCAAUGACGUCAGCUCGUGGGCACCGAUGAUGAGCCUGAGCCAAGACUUUCAUUGGGAGUCAUGUCCCGACAUAUUGACUUUGCAGGACAGGCCAGUGCUGAAGGACGACAGCGGCUUCUUAGAAGAUUUCAAGCCGGACGCCAGCUGCGACACGUUGUCCUUCGUCAGCACGGCGAUGAAGAGGGACGCUUCAAGCUAUUACUUUUUGACGCUUGAUUCCGAACAUAUGAUUCACGACAAUUCGUGA